AUGAAUGGGUUAAACAAUGCAAGUACGAGUCAUCCCCAUGGAGUGAUAGAGGAAUGGGUUAUGGGAGAAAACAUCUGGAUGAGUACAGACAAUAAAAUGGACAAGACAGAUGCAGCUGUAGAGAUGGUAUGGCAAAAGAGUCUCGUUAUUGGAUGUGCAGCAGUAUCGUGCGACACUAUGACGCUGAUAGGCUGCACUACAAAUUCACGUAUUAUGCCUGCAACAUCAGUUAAAGUGCUGAGAUUCAGGAACACCGUUGGAGCUCUGAUAUAUGACGUGGGAGAGCCGUGCACUACGAAAUGA